UAUUAGAAAAUCACUGAAAAUGGCUUCAAAAAACGAAGGUGGUCAUGUAAUGACUGAUUCUCAUCGCAAUUUUUUGCGAAAACAAAGAGAAUUUUUAAAAGAAAACUUAAUGGUUGACGAUGUAUUGCUUCUUAUGUCAGAUAUUUUCCAACCAAAUGACGAGGAAACAAUAAAAGCUGAAACGACCAGUCAGGCGCGAACAUUAAAAUUGCUUUCGUUGUUACCACUUAGAGGAGGUGAAGCUUUUACUGCCUUUAUCGUUGCUACGUAUAAAACACAGGAAUGGCUUGGAAAGGAGUUAGCAAGGAAGGCGGGAAUUGAUUUAAAUACCAUUCUCUCAGCCGUCCCAGAUGAAGGAAAUCAUGGCAUGGAAAAAGUCCAUCGGGACAUUUUGAGAAAGUAUUUGCCACAAUUCUGCGAAAAACUUAAUGCGAAAGAGAUGGUUGACAGUCUUAAGAAAGCUGGAAUUAUCACACCAGGAAAUCAGAGAUCUUUUGAAGACAUAUCAGAAGAGCAGAUAAACCCCAAAAAAGUGGAAAAGCUGAUUACUUUGCUACCAAAAUUGGGGCCAAAAGCAUUUGGUGCUUUUUUUGAUGCAUUACGAAUUAACCAGCUUCAGUUUGCCCAUGAUAUUGAGCGGUUGGUAAAACAAGAUUAUCCUAAUGUGAAGCUGGGUACUACAAUUCAUCAAGAAUCAACACAAGAUAGCAUGCCAAAUCAGGCUUACUCAUUAUCAACACCAUGUUCUGAAUUGCCAGAGGAUAUUUUGGAACUUUGUGCAAAGUGUUUAGACAGACCAAGUGAAUUGCUUGAAAAUGACUGGAAAAGUUUUUACCAGUUAUUGAAACUACCAGAAGGCAAAGAAGAUGUAAUAGCCAGACGUGAUGGUAGUCCCACAAGACAGGUUUUGAAUGCUUGGAUUGACAUGCAUGGCAAGAAAGCAAAUGUUAGUAAAUUGCUGGAGGUGUUAGAAAAAUGUAAACAAGGUGGUCUAGUUUAUAAAAUUGAACAAAAGCUAGGUGUUGAACUACCAGAACAACAAUGUGCAUCUGCAGAUAUUGAACCAGAACAACAACGUGCACAUGCAGAUAUUGUAGAUGGAGUUCAAAACAUGAAUGUUAGAGGAAACAGGAAAGGAAAACCAAUAAGAUAUGUUAAGGAUAUCCCCCAAGAUUUAAAGUCUCAGUUGGUUGACAGACUAAAUGGUGUGGAUAAAGCUAUUUUAGAAACGAUGUUGAAUUCCAUUAAAAUGGAAAGAUGCUAUGUUCAAGAUGGUAAUGAUUUCUUAGAAAAAAUCAGAGAUCGUAAAACAAGAAUUUUUUUUCGGGAACUCCGCAAGCAGGAACAAUGUGAUCUCAUUGUACGGUGGAUGAGAAAAACAUUUCCAGCAGGAAGUACUGGGCCCAUGAAGAGUGAAGAUAAUUUAAAAGCUUGCGAAAUGAAUUAUGGUUUUCGUUUGGUAGUCACGAGAUCUCUUACUGCUAACGAUUGUUGGAAGACGCUGGCCAGCCAUAAAGAUAUCAAUUUGACAAAAAUAGAUAUCGACUUAAUCGAAAUGAAAAAGGCCAUGAAAGAUCCAUCCGAAGCUGUGCUUUCACAUUGGGAAGUUAGCAAUACGUCAACAGUCGGCACAAUGUAUGAUUUACUGGUCGACUGUGGAUUUAAUCAAAUUGCUGACAACCUAUGAGGAUAUGACACGAUGCUUCAUGUUCAGUUUAUUUCUUUAAAGUCACUAUAGGAAGCAGUGCCCACCCUUAAAAUUUGUCGUCUCGUACCCUCCGUAAUCCCAAAAAUGUUGACUAUAGGCCCUAACACAUGUGUCUUUAAGAUUACGCUCAAAAUGCCGAACUGCCGUGCCUGAUUUUGAUGAAAAAUCAUGACCACACGAGAAAAAAUUGUCAAAAAAGCCAAAACUCAACCGUCACUAUAGAACCCAAAAAUGAAACAUCACCGUAGUACAUACCCAUUGGCAUUGCAUUGUAAUAUAAUUUACACUUUGUGGAAGACAUUUAUUGCUGGGGUUUACACUUAGUAAUAAGGGAUUUGUUUGUCUAGUAAUUCAUUUUCUGCAUCAGUUUUAAAUUGCUUCUUGUAUAUAAAGGUUGUAUAUCAUUCAUACUUCUUAAAUUUGAGAUAAAAAAUCCAUGCCUAGUUAGGAUUGCAGAUAUAGAACAAUAAGCAAUGUUUAAAUAGUCUUAGAUGUAGUGAUAAUUUUCACCGUUUUAGUGUGCGUGUAGGAAUAAUGAAAUGAGUUUGAAGCAUGGAACGCGGAAUCCUGGGUUGGCCGGCUGGCGUGUUCAGCCCAAGAUAAUUUUUCUAACACGUGAAUACAGUAUAUUCCACCACCUUUAACGUUCGUGCACCCUUCUAAUCCAAAAUCUGCUCCGCGUCCAUGUGAAGUUUAGUAUUAUAGUGUAAUUUUAUAAUUGUAGUGAAAUUUUGCUAGGAGUAAUGCAUGAAAUAAAUUGUCAUGAACAUGUUGAAAACAUGUUCGAAU